AUGGCUGAACCUUGGUUGCUGCUUCUCCUGGCCCUCGGGUGUCCAGCCCUGCCCACAGAUCCUAUUUCUUUCCCUUUCUCCCCAGAGGUAUCACUCCUGAGGAUGGCACAACAUUGUGUGGGUGGCACACCCUUCCCUUCUUUGGCCCCACCAAUCACUCUAUUGGUGGAUGGGAAGCAACAGACGCUGGUGGUCUGCCUGGUCCUGGAUGUUGCACCCCCUGGCCUGGACACCUCCAUCUGGUUCUCAGCUGGCAAUGGCAGUGCCUUGGAUGCUUUCACCUAUGGCCCUUCCCCAGCGGCAGAUGGCACUUGGACUAGCUUGGCCCAGCUCUCCCUGCCCUCCGAAGAGCUGACAGCUUGGGAGACCUUGGUCUGCCACACAGGUCCUGGGGCUGAGGGCAGCAGCUGGAGCACACAACCCCUACAGCUGUCAGGAGAGUCUUCCUCAACCAGGACCUGCCUCUGGGAACCUCUCAGAGGUACACCCAGCCAGGCUCUGAGGCUGGGGGCAUUGCGACUGUUUCUCUUCAAACUGUUGUUGUUUGAUGUGCUCCUGACCUGCAGCCAGCUCCGCACCCUGUGGACAGCCCGGGAAGACUUGGCAGGGGCACCUCACUUAGGGGGCUCCAGGCUCCGCACACUUCCAGUGGCCCCGCAAGCAGAUCAUUGCGUUCUCUGUCUGCCUGUGCCUGUCUGA